AUGGCCGAAUCUCCUGCAUCCGAAGCAUCACAAGAGCCAGAAUCGCCCGAAGAGCCGAACGCGGCGCAUCCGCCUACAAAAGCGCCUGCGGUCAAGGACAAGGAAUGUCCAUACUGUCACCAGCAAUUCACUUCGUCCUCUCUCGGUCGCCAUCUUGAUCAGUUUAUCUCCAAGAAAAAACCAGAUGGAGUCCACGAUGUGGAGGAAAUCCGACGGCUACGAGGAGGUAUCACGCGCCGCACUGCGAGGAGCAGCAAACGGGACAAGGACAAGAAUGAGCGUGAAGGUACCCGAUCAUCACAGGCAUCGCCAGGUCCCAGUAUAGGUCCCCAGCCGGGCACGCUCAUCUCGUCCGCGGUCGAACUCAACCGCCUCCCUCCUGGUGGUAUGCACGUACGAUUGAACAGACUCAAUUGGCAGGCCACGGGCGUGAUUACAGAUCCAACCACCCUCGACUCGCCGGUCACUGCUGCCGCUACCGCCAUUGCUCCUCCCCCUACUCCUGCCGUGGUAUCCAGCCCUUCUGGAACCAAGCGCAGCUUCUCCGUCUACGCCCAAGACCUCAACCACACUACCAAUGCCGAAAAUACUCGCGCUCUCGAACUCGCUCUGCGCGAGGUCCUCGACUGUCUCCGCGCAGCCACUAAACAUGCCUCUCCCAAGCCUUCCCCCUUCAAAUUUGAUGUGCAGAGCGAGACGUUUCCCUCACUCUGCUUAAAGGUCCUGCCUGCGCCCGCAACCUUGUUCCAAGCUUCUCCCUUCUCCACGCCACAAUCCAUUCCGAUUAACCCACCUGGCCCUGACCAACUUGCGCCUCUACGUCAAAUGCUAACCUCGACAAUCGAUCACUGGAAAUGGCAGACCCUGCGCCUCGCGCAACCCACGACUUCCAAUAUUGCCGAGGAAGCGGACUUCCUAACACGAAGUGCGACGCAAUGGACCGAAUCUACCCUCUCACAUCUGGAGGCGAGCUUUCAAAAUUGGAUGGCACAUCCAACAGAGAUUCGUAACCUGUUGUGGCAGGUGGAGUUGCUAAGGGCGUACAACACCGAGCAGCAGAAAGUGCAAGAGAUGGAGGAGAAACUUGAGAGAUUACAGCAAGAGGCAAAUCAGUUACAGCAACAGGUAGAGUACCUCUCCCGCUGCCAAUGGCCACGUGAAAUGGCGUUAUGGCCGCCCGAGCGCAAAACGUUUGGGUCUUCAAUGCGCGAAGAACUGCGGUUGAUGAGCCUAAACAAGGCACCCGCUGGAUCAGCCAGAGCCGACGCGCCUGACGACAUGGCAUCCAUGCCAAGCGAGAAUGUCAAUACAAGGCAAGGCGACAAAUGGGACUUUGACAAGUUGGUCAAUAAGUGGAAAGCGCAUGUGAAGGAAGACAAAAACCGUCGCAUGCCUCAAGCUCUGACAUCUGUCGACGGAGCUGGUGGCACCGGUGGAGGCACACCGGUGGUGAAAGUUGGAGAACUCAAGAAGACGCAGAGCGAACCAGGCAUUGGCAUGAACGGCUUGUCUAAUGGACAAUCACCGACCAGUGCGGACGAACGCCGAAAGAGCGGGAGAAACCCAAAGGCAAAUAUCAGCAUUAUUUCAGACCUUUAA